UGAGGGCUCCUGCUUACUGAAAUCAAGAAUGGAGCAUAUUGAAAAAGCAAAUGUAUAUUCUGAGAAAGGACUUUUGGAAAAGAUAAAACUUUACCUUUCAAAGAAACCACUGCCAUUGCCUACUGACCGAAAGAAGUUUGACUACGACUUUGCCAUCUCCACCUCCUUUCAUGGAGUACACAAUAUUGUACGGAACCAUAACAAAAUUCGGAAGGUGAUCUGGUUGGUGGUAGUGCUGGGCUCAGUCUUGCUUGUCGUGUGGCAGAUUCACAGUCGCUUAGUCAACUACUUCACUUGGCCCACCACAACGUCUGUGGAAGUUCAAUAUGUGGAAAAGAUGGAAUUCCCAGCUGUGACAUUUUGUAAUUUGAACAGGUUCCAAACAGGUCCUGUGGAAAAAUUUGGUGUUAUUUUUUUCUUAUGGAGUAUUGUAUCCAAAGUCCUCCAUCUUCAGGAAAUCAGUACCAAUUCUACAGGCUCAAGAGAGGCUAUUGACUUUCUGACAAGACACAAAAACUUCAGCAUUAAGGAAUUUGUCAAGAAAAAUGGUUUUUAUCUCAACGAUAGCACUUUGUUGGAAUGUGACUUUUUUGGAAAGCAAUGUGGCCCAAAGGAUUUUGCACAUGUCUUCACUGAAUACGGAAAUUGUUUUACUUUUAAUCAUGGUGAAAAUAUCCAAGCAAGGAAAAAAGUGAGUGUGUCUGGACGAGGCUUAAGCUUACUCUUCAAUGUGAACCAGGAAGAAUUCACUGAUGACCCAGCCGUUGGCUUUCUUGAUGCUGGUAUCAUCUUUGAUAUCCAUUCACCAAAGAAGGUGCCACAUUUUGGUGGUUUAGGCUUGUCUUCACCUGUGGGAAUGCAUGCAUGGGUAACCAUCAGCCAAGUGAAGACAGUUCAUCAAGAAUACCCUUGGGGAGAAUGCAACCCUAACAUCAAGCUGCAGGAUUUUAGCAGCUACAGCACCUCUGGUUGCUUGAAGGAAUGCAAAGCACAGCACAUAGAAAAACAAUGUGGAUGUUUGCCUUUUCUACUUCCUGGAAAUAUGGUAGAAUGUGACCUACAUAAGUUUUACAACUGUGUUUCUCCUGUACUUGACUAUAUUGAAGCAAAAGGCUUAUGUACAAUGGGAACACAUAAUUCUACCUGCCCUGUUGCUUGUGAAGAAACAGAAUACCCUGCUACCAUCACUUAUUCCACUUUUCCAAGUCAUAAAGCUUUGAAAUAUCUUUCAAAGAAGUUGAAUCAAAGCCAAGAGUAUAUCAGGGAGAAUCUUGUGCACAUUGAAAUAAACUAUAGUGACUUAAACUAUAAAAUAACACAGCAGCAAAAAGCAGUGAGUGUGUCUGAGUUACUCGCAGAUGUUGGCGGUCAGCUGGGUCUCUUUUGUGGGGCCAGUAUGAUUACAAUUAUAGAAAUUAUUGAAUAUAUUUUCACCAAUUUUUACUGGAUAUGCAUUUUGUUUUUACUGAAGAUACCAGAAAUGACCAAGUGGGCUCCUCAACCUCAGAAUCAGCUGGGGAACAAAGAAGGAAUACAAGAAUGCUAAUGUUUACUUAGAAUAAAAACUUUCACCUUUCUCUUCACAAUACUUUCAGAUUUAUUUAUCACUAAUGCAUUGUAUAUAACAUUGUGUUGUAUUAUUUGAUGGUUCAAGAAAAGCCAUUGUAUAUA